AACCGGAAACAGUAAAGUUGGCUGAUCAGUUGUGUUGAUUUCUAGAGAGAGGAGGUAAAGAAGACUUGACGUUUGGAUUAACCUAAACUGCCUUUUCAGAGUUAUUGUGCCCGUUUCACACCUUAAUUCAAAAGUCGAAGAAAUUCGUGGCAACCUCUGAAUUAGUAAAUGGGAAAAAUCUAACAAUGUUUAGUUUUGAGGGAGAUUUCAAGACAAGACCCAAGGUAUCACUUGGAGGAGCAAGUAAAAAGGAGGAGAAAGCCUCUCUGCUGCACCGCACUCAAGAAGAAAGAAGAAAAAGAGAGGAUGAAAGAAAACGACUGAAGAAUGCUAUAAUCAUUCAGUCCUACAUACGUGGCUACCAGGACUUAAAACGACAGUAUGCCAUCCAAAGGGCCAGGUUUGACGAGUGUGUCAGCCAGACGCACGGAGGGGGAGCUCAGCAUGUCUUGGACGGUCCUGGUCUCUGCCUCUUAUCAAGACAACUCAUAUUUUUCUACAGACAAAGUGUGGAUGCACAUAAAUUGAUAUGGUUGUGCCAGAACCUGGUGAAACACAAUGGUCAGUUUGUUAAGCUGUUGGUGGGCCCACAGAGACAGACAUGUUUGUUUCAGAUCAAGAGGAUCUUAGGCUUCUGCUGCAGACUCCUACAGAAUUGCAAGGAUGACAGUUUAAAUGUGACGGUUCCCAUGCGGAUGCUAGACAUCUUUUCUUCAGAGAAAACUUAUCUUCCUGUUAUUCCAGAUGCGAACUAUGUAGCUUCAUUACUCGAGCAGAUUUUGCACUAUAUGGUACAGACUGGAUACUACAGGUCGCUGUAUAUUCUUGUUAAUCACAGGCUCCCUUCUAGUCUGGAGUACAGUGACUCUCCCUCUAUUCCUAUGGCAAGCACACUGUUGGAGCACAUCCUCAAACCUCUGCACUUUUCCUACUCCUCCUGCACAACCGGCGCAAGGCAGUUUGUAUUUGCAGCCUUUACCGAGGAGUUUAUCUCUGCACCGUUCACCGAGCAGAUUUUUCAUUUCUUUAUCCCGGCACUGUCGGACGUCCGUCUCUCGUUUCCAUUCGAGGCCUUCUUGAGCUCCCUUCGUGCCACCAUAGGUUCCUCCUCAGCAGCACAGAGCCGGGCACCGUGGGUGUUUUACUUUGUCCUCUCUGCAGGGGAGAACUGCUUAGGCUCACUGUCAGAGGAGGGUCUCCUGCUGUACCUUCGGGCUCUGCAGACACUACUGCCACUGCUGCCCGUGUCAGAGAGCAGCAGCAGGCCUGAAGUUACCAGUGACUCAGAGGAUGACGAUGAGACUGGCAUCCAUCCACCACCCAAGCAGGAUGACAGCAGAAUCUCUGUGCAGCUGAUCACAGAAGAGUGUGUCCACAAACUGGACACUAAGCAUCAGACUAACGCCCUGUUGAACCUGGUGUGGAGGGAUUCGGCCAGCGAAGAGGUUUUCACCAUGAUGGCAUCCAUCUGUCACACGCUCAUGGUUCAGCAUCGCCUCAUGGUGCCAAAAGUCAGACUUUUGUACAGUUUAGCUUUCAAUGCACGUUUCCUGAGGCAUCUUUGGUACCUGAUAACUUCCAUGACAACAAAAAUGAUCACUGGCUCCAUGGUGCCGCUGCUACAGCUAAUCUCGCGAGGGUCUCCCAUGUCGUUUGAAGACUCCAACCGCAUCAUUCCCCUCUUCUAUCUCUUCAGCUCUCUCUUCUCCCACUCGCUUAUUUCUGUGCACGACAGCGAGUUUUUCGGUCACGAACUGGAAGGUCAGACGCAGUCCUCCAUGAUGCCCUUCACGCUGUUAGAGCUGGUGACUCUGUCUCGCUGUCUGAGGGACGCGUGCCUGGGAAUCAUCAAGCUGGCUUACCCCGAGACCAAAACAGAGCACCGCGAAGAGUACAUGGCUGCCUUCCGCAGUGUGGGUGUCAAGACAAACACUGCGGUUCAGCAUCGGAUCCAGGCCGAGCAGAAACGCUGGGUACAACUCUUCAAAGUCAUCACUAACUUGGUGAAGAUGGUGAAAGCUCGCGACAUAAGACGACCCUUCUGUCCAGCAGGUCAUUGGCUUUCCGAGGAGGUCAACAUCCGCGCAGAUAAGGUCACCCAGUUGUAUGUCCCUUCUGCAAGACAUGUGUGGAGAACGCGAAGGAUGGGCCGCAUUGGACCACUUCAGUCAACACUUGAUGUGGGUUUAGAGCCGCCACAGCUUUCUGUGUCUGAAGAGAGACAUCUGGCCAUCCUCACUGAGCUCCCUUUUGUGGUUCCCUUCGAAGAGCGAGUCAAGAUCUUCCAGAGGUUAAUCUAUGCUGACAAACGGGACGUGCAGGGGGACGGGCCAUUCCCUGAUGGCAUCAGUGUCACCAUCAGACGCAACUACAUCUAUGAAGAUGCCUACGAUAAACUCUCUCCAGAAAAUGAACCGGACCUGAAGAAAAGGAUUAGAGUCCAUCUGCUGAAUGCUCACGGUCUGGACGAGGCCGGCAUUGACGGUGGCGGCAUCUUUCGCGAGUUCCUCAAUGAGCUCCUUAAGUCUGGCUUCAAUCCCAACCAGGGCUUCUUCAAGACGACCAACGAGAGCCUGCUGUACCCCAACCCCGCUGCAGAGAUGCUGAUUGGAGACUCCUUCACGAGGCAUUACUAUUUUCUAGGCAGGAUUCUUGGAAAGGCGCUGUAUGAGAACAUGCUGGUGGAGUUGCCCUUUGCUAGUUUCUUCCUGUCCAAACUUUUGGGGACCAGUGCGGAAGUAGACAUCCACCACCUGGCAUCGUUGGACCCGGAGAUGUACCGCAAUCUCCUCUUCCUUAAGAGCUAUGAGGGUGAUGUGGAGGAGCUGGGCCUCAACUUCACUGUGGUCAACAACGAUCUGGGAGAGGCUCAGGUGGUUGAGCUGAAGCUGGGAGGCAAAGACAUUCCUGUGACCACAGCAAACCGGAUAGCCUACAUCCAUUUGGUGGCUGACUACAGACUGAACAAGCAGAUCCGGCCUCACUGCCUGGCCUUCAGACAGGGCCUGGCCAAUGUGGUCAACCUGGAGUGGCUGCGCAUGUUUGACCAGCAGGAGAUCCAGGUGCUGAUAUCUGGGGCUCAUGUGCCAAUUUGUCUUGAUGACCUUAAAAAUUUCACAAACUACUCAGGAGGGUACACAGCCACUCACCCAGUCAUCCAGAUCUUUUGGGAGGUGGUUGAAAGCUUCACAGACGAGGAAAAACGCAAGCUGCUGAGGUUUGUCACCAGCUGCUCCAGACCUCCACUGCUGGGCUUCAAGGAGCUUUACCCGGCCUUCUGCAUCCACAAUGGCGGCAGCGACCUGGAACGCCUGCCCACGGCCAGCACCUGCAUGAACCUGCUCAAGCUCCCGGAGUUCUGCGACCAGCACCUGAUGAGGAACAAGCUGUUGUACGCCAUUGAGUCCUCUGCCGGGUUUGAACUGAGCUGAGGAGUGCAGAGCUUCUCUGUUUCCAUGGACUGAAUGCCACACAGAACUGAUGCAGACCUGCCUGAUUCACUCUGUGUGUGUGUGUGUGUGUGUGUGUGUGUGUGUGUGUGUGUGUACAGCCAGGGGUGAGGUAAUGAUCAUCAAAGGGGGUGCAAGGAUGAAUGGGUAGGAAGCCUUUUUUUUAUCCUUGUUGCUUUUAAGUAAUUUAAAUGUUUAAACACUUGUCAGAACCCUUUAGAAGAACAGCGCAACUCUAGCAGGAAAUACCAUGCGCUGAAACAAAAAACAAGAGUAGCAAAUGCUCUCUUGUGUAAUCGAACAUGAUCACAUCUUUCACCAAAGAUUAAGUGGCAUCAUAUGAAAAAGGCAAUAUAACGACAGAGGGACUCUAAAGCCACCUUUUGGUGUGCCAAGUGCUGCGGGGGUGGAGGAGCUUUUGUGUAUAGCCAUCAUGCAUUUUCAUGUAGAGGUCAUUGAAACUCCAGUUCUUGCAAUUUCUCCUAUGAUUAUUAUUACGAGUAAUAAGUGUCAUGUCCGAUAACCAUAAGUGUGCACACACCAUCUAAAGUGUGGAAAUGGCUCAUAUUGCUGGACUAAAUUUGGGGGAAGUAUCAUUUUACUUUGAAUUUGUGAAUAUGUAUAUGUUUACAACUGCUCUUGUAUUAUUCAUUUAUUCAGUAUUUGUACAGGUUUGUUUUUCUUUCCUUUUGUGUGAUGAAUGGAAGCCUCAUGUUUUCACACAUGCUCGUUAAAAUGUACAAUCUCUUCCCUGGUCAGCGCCCCCGAAGUUUGGUCUUAGGGAGCAACAACUGUGUCGCAUUGAUAAGGCUUACAAAUGAUCAGUGUACCAACAGGGUGGAAAAAGAGAGUAUGGAAAUAAAUAAACCCACUUUUCUUUUUGCAUUUUUCUUCCAUAAGUCUCUUUUCUUGUUGCUUGUAAUUUACAGUAAUGACCAAGUCAUAAAACAGUGCUUUGUGGAAAUUCUCCUCCUGAGUUUUAUGGCCUCUGACAUAUAAUUAAAGAAACAUCCAGUUAAGAAACACUGAGCAGAACUAUUCUGGCCUUGAGAUGCAUUAUCGGGCUGAGCACAAAUUAAGAUUAUGUGAGUUUGUCAUAAAUCUACCUGCCCUCUGAUGCAGUACAGCCAAGGAAGAUAUUCAUCCUUCUUUGGAAUGAGUCCAUCUCCAUCCUCUCCUCCCCGCGGAAAAAGCCAACUUUGCUUCCCCCUCUUCUCCUCUCAGAGCCCAAACCCCUCGCAUCUGCUGGGCCAGGGAACUCAAAGUGAUAAUUGGGUCUUAAAAACCAGACUUGUCAUUGAAAUGAGGGAUUCAUCUCAAUUACUAUGAGAUUUAUUUAAGACUAUUACCUUGUGAUGGAUUAUAACUGACAAAGUUAAUGCAGGAUGUUAUGAAUCAUCCUCGGAGUGUAAUAUACUUAAGCUUUCUCAAAGGCCUUUUAAGAGCUAAUUGAAGCUUUUAGGCUUGUUUAUUUUGCUGCAAAGCGAUGAAACAUCAAAAAUCACUUGAGAGUGAUUGUGAAUUGGAGCCUACUUUGCACAACAUUACUUCAAAAUUGCUAUCAAGUGUACAUGCCUGGAAAGAGAGCAUUAAACCAGAUGUGUGUGUGUGUGUGUGUGCGCCCAGCAUGGAUACAUAUCUAAGUUAAUCAUACCUGAUUCAGUCUUUAAUGAGCAAGUAACAAAUCAUCAGACAGAAUGACAUUCAUAGCUGCAGGUACUGCAUCAAAGAGAAAAUGUCUUGCACCCCUCUCAGGUUGUGUUUUCUUACAACAGAGUGCCUCCUGGUGGUCGACCAGUGGUACUGCAUGAAGAACAUUUACAGGUUUUGAGAUCUGUAUUUUGUAAAUCUGUAGGACACUUGUCAUAUCAGGCACUUUCUUCUGCCAGUGCCAACUUGUAAUAAAUUAAAUGGUGCAAACUA